GCCGGGCGGGGGAUCCGGAUCCCGGGGGGCGGGCGGGGGCCCCGGGGCUGGCGGGCGGAGGAGGAGGAGGAGGAGGAGGAGGGCGGCUGCUGGGGGGUUGCCCCGGCCUGUCCUGAUUGCCCCCCGCGGCUCGCCUGGGUCGCCCUCCCGCCGCCGCCGCCUCUUCCCUUCCUCCUCCUCCGCCCGCCUCUCGCCCCUGCCGCGAUGGCCCAGCAGCAGGUGAGCAGCUCCCAGAAAGCGCUGAUGUUGGAGCUGAAGGGGCUGCAGGAGGAGCCCGUCGAGGGCUUCCGCAUCACCCUGGUGGACGAGUCCGACCUCUACAACUGGGAGGUGGCCAUCUUCGGGCCGCCCAACACCCUCUACGAGGGAGGCUACUUCAAGGCUCACAUUAAAUUUCCUAUGGACUACCCAUAUUCACCACCUACCUUCAGAUUCCUGACCAAAAUGUGGCAUCCCAACAUUUAUGAGAACGGAGAUGUAUGUAUUUCAAUCCUUCACCCACCUGUAGAUGACCCUCAAAGUGGAGAGCUGCCAUCUGAAAGGUGGAACCCAACACAGAACGUCAGGACUAUCCUACUGAGCGUAAUCUCUUUACUUAAUGAACCCAACACCUUCUCUCCGGCGAACGUAGAUGCUUCGGUCAUGUUCAGGAAAUGGAGGGACAGCAAAGGGAAAGACAAAGAAUAUGCUGAAAUAAUUCGGAAACAAGUCCAGGCAACCAAGGCAGAAGCAGAAAAGGACGGCGUGAAGGUUCCCACCACGCUGGCGGAGUAUUGCAUCAAAACUAAAGUGCCUUCCAGUGACAACAGCUCAGAUUUGCUUUAUGACGACUUGUACGACGAUGACAUUGAGGAUGAGGAGGAGGAGGAGGAAGAGGAGGACGCCGAUUGCUAUGACGAUGAUGAUUCUGGCAACGAGGAGUCGUGACGUGCCCCCUCCAGCUCCGCGUGGCUCCACCUGUUUUGCCAGAGGGGCGGAGCAGUGGUAACCUAGUGACAGUUCAGCAAAAAAUAUAUAUAUGUACACACACGCGCGUGGGGGAGGGGAAUACCAACCGAACCUGCGUCUCCUGCUUUCUCCUGUUGUAUGGAUCUCGAUCUUUCCCACCACCCUGUCCUCAUCUUUGGGCCUCUUAGGAAGAAAGUCCUCUGCAGAAGGCCACAUGAACUUUUGCAUUCUUCCCUGUCCCAUCACGGUGUUCUGAUUUUUUUUCUUUUUUUUUAAAAAAGGAAAGAUGCUGUUCCCCCCCUUCACUCGCCUUCCCUUUCUGCCCCCCCCUCCCUCCCCCUUUUCGGGAGCAUUCAUAACCCAACCCAACCGGUUUGCUCUGUGUUUAGAUUCUUGAAUUAAACACAGUCUUUCAUCAAGAUGUUUAAUGUAUUUAACGCUGGAGACUGGGGCGGGGAGCUCCCCACGAGCUGCACUUAUACAGGGACAAGUACAAAAGCAAAUCUGCCGCAGAGCCUGAGGUUUUGCUGCUCCGUUGACAAUGACUGUGUGCGCACUUGUUUAGCCUUGUGGUGGUGGUUUUCUUUCUCUCUCUCGCUUUCCCCCCUUCCUAAGGCGUUGGGCAGAGAGCAUCAGCUCCAUUGUACUGAACUUGAGAAGAUAUGAUGGUGCUGAAAGGUCCAGUAUUCCAUUUCAGUUCUGCUAAGUGCGUGCAGGGAGAGGGUGGGAAUGAUUCUGGGCCUGAGGGCUCUAGCCCCCCAGAGAUUUGGGGCUGGGAGAGGGUGGUUGUCUUGUGAUAUGACCUUCCAAUAAACACUUCAAAACUCUCUGCGUAUUCUUGUCCCACUGAACCCUUCUAGUUGCUGAUCUAAACACAGCAACUGCUCGUGAAUUCCUUGAUGCCUCUGAACGCGUAGCAAACCCCAACAGUUCUUGGCAAGGGUGGUUGAGAUUCUCCAGCAUGCUGCUUUCCUGCAGGAGUUGCUGCUCUGGCGACUGCUGUCUGCACCCCAGCUGUGGCACAUCGUUCCCGGGGACUGAACGCCAGAGGACCCAUGGACAGAAGGUAGCAUUCUCAAGGCCGUGCAGGCAGCUGGUUGCCCUGCAGUCUUGUCUAGUGGAAAGCCUUCUUGCCAGGCAAUGGAUACUGGACCUUGGCAAGGGGGGUGGCUUGGAUCGUGCCAGUGCUGGUAGAGGACUUGUUGAGGCUCUGGGAUCAGAUCCUCGGGGCAUAUUCAGAUUGCUUUUCCUUGAUCGGAGACAGAAGGCCAUGGACACACAUUGUCUUAAAUGUUUGGAUGAGCCUGUAUGAGUUAGGCACACAGAACUGGUCUUUGAAUAGCAUGGCCUUUGCUGCAUGUCUAUUUGCAGUGGACAGAUAAUAUUACCAUGGAGAAUACUGUGGGAUCUAUGCCCACCUUCUCAGAUUCCUGUAUUUUAGGAGCAGUCAACCCCCACCUACCACAUUUUGAUGCUUACCCCAAAGAACAGCCAUCAUCAUAGUCUGCUUUUGUGAGCAGUGUAAACACAGACAAAGUUCCUGUGGAAAAAGUGAACUACUUGCACCCUCAGGGGUGAGGACAGCUUCAUUACCACUUCCUGCAACAGUGAUGGGUUCAAUAGAUGAGCGUCAACUAUGUGGUAGUUUACACAGGGCUCCUGUGACAGAUAUCUGCAUGUUGAAUUUACCAAGGAAAGGCUGUGGUGGAUGGCAGCAAGAGGUGAAGCAGAAGUCAUGUGGUCACUCAGGACAGUUUGCUCUGCCUCCAUGCCAGCUCAGCUACCUUUUUUCUCCAGAUCAGAGCCGUGAAUGUUCAGGUAGUGAAGCUGUGUCAUUCAGAAAGUGUGCAAGCCUAUCCUGUCUUUAACAGUUGGCCUGGAUGUUAACCAUGUCCCAACCCUAAGGGAAUGAGUCUGGUCUAUAGCUGUGCAUGCUGAAGGCCUAUAGACCAAGUAGAGCCCCACUUGUGUGCUUUUUGUGGGGAGCUACUUGUUAGUUCCUCUAUACGUUGUCUUGUGCCAUCUAAAAUAAGCAUCUAUACUUUCAAUUUCAACUGUGGUGCCCCUUAGUAGAAUGGCUGUCUGGUAGGCUACUUCAGCAACUAGUGCUGCUAGAGAAUUUGUACGUGGCAACUUCAGGGAGAUAGCAAAUGUGGGAGAUGAUGUGAGACUGGAGUAUAAAAUCUAACUGAAAUUCACAGCCCUUCCAACUUGCCAUGCCUGUUUACAAUCCAACAUGUGUGAGGCAGCAAAUUUUGUAGAAGGACUUGUGUUAUUAUGUGUGGGGGGUGUCAAGAGGGCCACUGUAAGUACAACCAUCAGUUCUCGCAAGAGGGCAACAAACGAAGGCUACCCUUUUCUUAAUUCAAGCUUGUGGGUGGAGGGGAGGCUGCAUGUGCUGAACUGGGCAAUUGAAGUGAGGAGUGGGUCGAUGCUCUUGGCGCAACCUGAAAUGAGGAUACUGUGUCUUUCAGCUGUUUGCCUCUUGUUCUUUGACCGUUUCCACUAUAUAGGCUCCAGUGACGUUUAUUCUCAAGCUUGGUGAUGUGAGAUGCAUUGUAACACCUCUGUCCUCCCCUCGCCAUAACAUUUUUUGGGGGGUAAGUGGGAAACACUUAUUCAGAGAAGUUGUUCUCUCUCCACUUGGCCAGGCGGGCUCUUCUUACCCACCACAAUGCCACUGCCGGUUGCCUUGCUGGUUUCCUUCUCCUCGAGAUCCAACCAACCUCCUGAAAUGCAACUAUCAAGCUACUUAAAGAGAUUGUGGACAAAUGUUUACUUGAGCCAGCUAUCGCCUGGUUCUCUCUUAUCCCACCCAUGUCUGCGUUUACAUUUCCAACUCAGAAACUAAUUCAGAUGCAGUUCUUGAAUCAUUCUGAAACCAGCAGGGAGCACUAGCAUCCUAUCGGUAUUUUCUUUUUCAGUGCUAAAAUCCUGGAUGUUUCUCUUCCUCCUACCCCUCCCCCUUUGGUUGAUGCAACUUAUCAGACCAGAUUAACUAAUGCAUAUUUUCUUUUGUGUUGUCUCCCUCUCCUUUGGCAAUUUAGUUUCGGUUUUUCUGCACAUCUGUCUACUAAUAAAAUGUGAAAUAAAGUAUA